CUUUUCGAAAUAUAUAUUCAAUGAGUUUCUAUUACGCAUAUUAAAUUUCCAUGGAUAUUAGACUUGAUUGCUUGAAGACGCACUUUGGUCCCCCGAUCCUUUGGUUUCUUCGUCGUUCUUCAAAGUUUCAAUUUCAUUCCUCAAUUGAUCUGGCGGGCUUAAUUCAAUAGUAGUGCUUUGUGGAAUUGGCUCAGAUGAAUUGCAGAUCACUUGGCUUUCAUGCAACAGUCGAUGUGUUCUAUUUCGUUGACUACGUCGUCGUUCAAUAUGCUCGUGUCGUUUUCUAUUACACCAGGAAAACAUCUUUCGGCCAUGUCUUUUGAUGAGAUAUGGAAACACAACAAUUACGAGUAAAAAUGCUAGCACGCUCACCACGACGAAACCGACAUCCUUUCGAUAAACAUCGGCAUUAAGAUACGUGUAAACGGUGUAUGGCUUUCCUGAAAACCAGAAGACGACGGAAACGAGAAGAAGAAAUAGGAGAAAGACUGUUGUCCCGUAACAGCAGCAGAAAGGCUUCGUUAUGGAGCAUCCAAAACAUUGAAUACAAUAACAAUCCAGAAUGAAGUAUUUUUUCUGAUAUCGCGUAUUAUGCUCGACUAAAUGCGUGUUUUGUAUUGAUCUUGGAGGUACACCGUUUGGGUUUGCUACGCACGAGUAUCCGCUUGUUUCGCUGGUUAUAGUAUUUAUUGUAUUCGUUGUACAGUCGGACAACGAAUGGUUAGAAAGAUUGUCAACCUCGCUCGGGAAUUUUCUUUCCACUAAGUCCAAGAGAUCCUGACGUUUAGGUCGUAGAAGAAGCAGCACCUUCUUUAACGUGUAAACUCGUUGUGCACUGAUGACACCAGAUUCUUCUAAAUGUUUAAACAAAUCCUUACCAUCGUGUAUUUUUGGUUUCGCCGAUUGUGGAACCUUACAAAGGUACAUAAGAUCUAGGACUUCAUCGUCAGAAAGUCGUUUGCUUAUCUUGGUCCUGCUGAUUAUUUUAUCGGCAGCAGCAUCGACGGGGCAUAUAUUAGUGAUCGUCGCGAUUUAUCAACGAAACGAACUCAGAGGUGGAACAUAUUUGAUUAUUUUAAAUCUAAGCAUCGCUGAUCUCCUUUAUGCUGCGAUUUUUCUACCACUGGAAGCCCGUGACCUUUUCCCGCCGUCAUUUAGCAGUUGUGAAACAAGAGGAGUCCUGGGGACGCUAUCCGUAAUCGCUUCUAUCAACAUGUUAACCUUCGUCAGCAUUGAACGAUUCAUGGCCACGAAUUAUCCUUUCAAACACAGGCAAUGGUUCACGACCAAACUAAUACUUGUUAUUGUCGCUUUGAUUUGGCUCUGGUGCGUGGUUUUUGCUAUUUAUCCAUUCUUUACAAGCGGUUAUGAUCACGACUACAAGUUCCUGCAUUGUACCGUGAAAUGGAGAAGUGAUAAGGUUAAUAUAAUUCUCUUUGUGCUUUUUCACGGUCUUUUUCCGUCAGUUGCUCUGAUAUAUUGCAAUUUGAAAAUUAUGCAAGCGGUACGUAACAGAUCAUCGGUAGCGUCGUCCGCUUCCUCUACGGGGACGUUUAGGAUGCGGAGAGAAAAACGAGUGACCAAGACAGUAAUCAUUGUAAUUCUGGCCGUCUUGAUAUGUUUUCUACCUUACAGUUCUAUCCUUUAUUGUCUCGCAAUUACAGACAGCUGUGAAUUUCCACCAGAAUAUGUCGCUCUCUCAUUAUGGCUUAUUCGAUGUAAUUGCAGCCUCAAUCCAAUAAUUUACGGGCUGUUGAACACUAAAUUUCGCAGUGCUUUUAAGGAAAUUCUUUGUAGCCAUUUUUCCAAACGUGGACGUAACUAG